AUGUCCGCGCACAUCGCCGUCCCUGACUUCGCUUAUUUCGUCGAAGGGCAACAAUUAAAACGUUAUGAAAAGAGUUCAUAUCGCCAGGAAACAGAUACGCUGAAAUAUGAACUUCGCCCAGUUCACGGGUCACAUACCGUCAGCGGCGGGGAUCCCGACCAUCCACCAGUUCGCGGCGAAGUUCGGGUACGAAGGAAACGGAGGCGGCGGCGUGGUGCAGGACACGCGCUACUCGACGAGCGGCACGGGUGGCGUUCAGUUCGCGGUGGCCCCGACCGCUGGUGUAGUGGACGGCAAGUUCCGACAGGCUGA